AUGACUGCAGAAAAGACCACAGUGGGAUCGGUAAAAUCUGGAAAGGAACCUGCAACCUCUCUGCGACGACAAAAACGAUUCCUGGAGGCCGGUCUUUAUGCACCAAUCCACAAACAAAAUGCCAAAGAAAAGCCGCUUAGCAAGCGGGAGAAAAAGUCGCACGACAUUUCAAUUUUCAAUUUUCCACUACCUCUUCAUCACGGUGACGUGAUCUUAAAUUCCUAUCAUGAUUUCUCUCUACCCGCCGACAUUAUGCAGGAAUUCAAUCAAGGUCUGAUUGGCAAAUUCGGCACCCAUUGCACCAAAAUUGACAAGCCUCACUAUACGCGUAUCCGAUCAAAUAUCUUUGUGGAACGGAAACCGAACCGAAAGGAAAACAAAAUCGUAUGCCAGUGUAUCCCUCCCGCCGAUGGCGGACUUGGUUGCGGUGAAGAUUGCUUAAACAGAAUGUUAUUUUAUGAAUGCGAACCGAAUACCUGCCCUUGUGGUGAUCAAUGUUCCAAUCGGCGGUUUCAGAAGAAGGAAGGAUGCAAAAAUCUCGAUGUCUUUUUGACUCGGGAAAGAGGUUGGGGUUUGCGGACAUUAGUCGACAUCAAACGAGGUGACCUCAUUAUUGAAUAUCGGGGAGAAAUCAUCUCACAUAAGCUGUGCGAAGAACGUAUGCGAAACGCUUACAAAAACCAAAAGAAUUUCUACUUCUUGGAUUAUCGACAGGGCGAAGUCGUGGAUGCUUGUGAGAAAGGAACCGAUGCUCGCUUUAUUAAUCACAGUUGCGAUCCCAAUUGUCACAUCGAAAAAUGGGCACUCAAAGGCGAGCUUCAUGUGGGAGUGUUUGCCUCCAAGGACAUUCCGGCUAAUACUGAAUUAUUCUACGAUUAUAAUUUCUCGGUCUUCAAGGAUGUGGAAACGCAGCAAGAGUGCCGAUGUGGAAGCGAAAAUUGUCGAGGUAUCCUUGGAAAGAAGCCACCUAGUCGCAGAGAUACUCGAAACCAUAUCUCGAAUCUCUCGAAAUAA